CUUUGAGCGCGCUGAAUGCGGUCAUUGUGUUCCCGCCUUUAUGGCUCUGCAUCCGCUAUUGCAUUAGUUGCGAGAGGCUUCCCCGCGGCAGCCACUGUCUACCUCUGUCACUCUUCCGCGGGUUUCCGGGUGACGAGGGUCGUCUGUCAUAGCAGGUGCGAACGCGAGAGCCGCGGGAACGCCACGAUGUUGUCCUGGAUGCAGGAGGCAGCGAAAAUGAAUCCGUUCUCGUCGCCGUUCACAACGGUCAAGUGCCAGGCGCUGGAGAACGACGCCCGUCCGCUCGUGCCGAGUCGCAACAUCGUUGCCGCCUCCGUCGAGGAGGGUGACAGCUGCGAGUUUGGGUCGAAUCACUAUUUCCUCCUAUGCGGUCUCGGAGGCAUUCUGUCCUGCGGCCUCACUCAUACCGGCAUCACGCCCUUAGAUCUAGUCAAAUGCCGAAUUCAAGUGGACCCGCAGAAAUACAAAUCGGUGUUCAGCGGAUUCCGAGUAACUUUGGCCGAGGAUGGCACUCGAGGAUUGGUGAGAGGCUGGGCGCCUACUUUCUUCGGCUACUCGAUCCAGGGAAUGUUCAAAUUUGGUCUUUAUGAGGUCUUCAAGGUUUACUAUUCGGCGCUGGCUGGCGAGGAGCUCUCUUACGAAUAUAGAACCAGUUUGUACUUGAUAUCGUCGGCUUCGGCAGAAUUCUUCGCGGAUAUCGGCCUGGCGCCGUUUGAAGCCGCCAAGGUCAAAAUCCAGACUAUGCCAGGGUACGCCAAUACUUUACGACAAGCGAUGCCAAAGAUGUAUGCGGACGAGGGUCUUAGCGGUUUCUACAAGGGUUUAGUGCCGCUGUGGCUGCGUCAGAUCCCAUAUACGAUGAUGAAAUUCGCUUGUUUCGAGCGCACCGUCGAGCUUCUGUACAAACACGUAGUCCCCAGGCCUAGAGCAGAGUGCAGUAAAUCUGAGCAACUGGUGGUCACGUUUGCGGCCGGAUACAUCGCCGGUGUAUUUUGCGCCAUUGUGUCUCAUCCUGCCGACACGGUGGUGUCAAAGUUGAAUCAAGAGAAGGGAUCAAGCGCGGGCGAAGUCCUGAAGAAGCUCGGCAUGGGCGGCGUGUGGAAGGGCCUGGGACCGAGGAUUGUCAUGAUCGGUACCUUGACUGCGGCACAGUGGUUCAUCUACGACGCCGUCAAGGUCUGGCUGCGCAUGCCACGUCCGCCACCGCCCGAGAUGCCGGAAUCUCUCAAGAAGAAGUACGGCGUGGCAUAAGUGUAGUUGUAUGACGGAUGCGUUCACGUCGCUGACCGGAUCGUCCUGCUCGAUCAUGGAUUUAGAUAAAGAAGCGUAUAAAAGCAAUUUCAAUUUCAGAUCUUUUCAUAUCGUGCAUUGUUGAACGAUGUGUCCUAUUUUAUUUUGGAAUAUUUAUUCUGCAACAUUAUAUACAUACAACAGCGUCAACGGGCAACACUGCCGCAAGAUUAGAGAAAAACAAUUGUGUCUUACAAAUAGGAGAUAUAGGAUGCUAAUUAUGCUGGCUCUUUAACUAUCAGAAGCACAGUAAAUUUAAUUCGUAACAGCUAUAGGAUUACCCAGAGUAACCGCAAGCUGUCACAUUGUACAUAGGGUGAUCGCUGUAAAUAAACAGGCCGAUUACUCAAG